UCCGGUUCCUCAUCCGAACAGAAGGCGACUCCAGCAUGGCUGACACCGGGCUUUUAGAGUCUUUAUUGCGGCGGGUAGAUGCGGCUGACGCCGGGAUUGACAGCCAGGAGGCCGCGGCGGGUCUCGGCCUGGAUCACCAGCUGAUCGUGGGGGCCGUGAAGAGUCUGCAGGCUUUAGGAGAGGUGAUCACAGCAGAGCAGAGAUCCUCAAAACACUGGGAGCUGACGGGAGAGGGCUGUGAGAUCGCGGAGCAGGGCAGUCAUGAAGCCCGGGUGUUCAACGCCAUCCCUGCCGAGGGUCUGCCGCAGAAUGAGCUCAUGAAAAUGCCAAGUGGGAAGGUGGGAUUCAGCAAGGCCAUGUCUAACAAAUGGAUCCGUUUGGAUAAAGGUCAUGAGGGAGGGCCCAGAAUCUUCAAAACUGCGGAAACCAUUGAAGACACGGUGAGAGAGAAACUGCAGCUGGUGCGCAAGGGACAGUCCUCAAAACUGGAAGAGAAAGUCAAGAACGAACUGAAGAAACGCAAGCUGCUCGCUGAAGUGACUAUUAAGUCAUACCGGAUCACUAAAGGAAGCGAUUUCAGUACCACCAUCACAAAACCAGAGACAGAACUCACAUCAGAGAUGAUCGCCAGUGGGAGCUGGAAGGAGAAGAAGUUUAAGCCGUAUAACUUUGAAGCGAUGGGCGUGGCUCCAGAAUGUGGUCACCUGCAUCCGCUCUUGAAGGUCCGGACACAGUUCAGACAGAUCUUCCUCGAGAUGGGGUUCACGGAAAUGCCCACUAAUAACUUCAUCGAGAGCUCCUUCUGGAACUUUGACUCUCUGUUUCAGCCCCAGCAGCAUCCGGCUAGAGACCAACACGACACCUUUUUCCUCUCGGACCCAGCACUGGCUCAUGAGUUUCCUCAGGAUUAUCUGGAAAGAGUGAAGAAGGUUCAUUCUGAAGGUGGUUAUGGAUCACAAGGAUACAAGUAUGACUGGAAAAUUGAAGAGGCUCAGAAGAACAUCCUGAGAACACAUACGACGGCGGUCAGCGCUCGGAUGCUGUAUAAACUCGCACAGCAGGAGAAGUUUACACCAGUGAAGUACUUUUCCAUCGAUAGAGUUUUCCGUAACGAAACUCUGGACGCCACUCACCUGGCAGAGUUUCAUCAGAUCGAGGGCGUGGUGGCCGACUACGGUCUGACCCUGGGUGACCUCAUGGGCAUUCUGCACCAGUUCUUCACCAAACUAGGAAUUACAAAAUUACGUUUCAAGCCUGCAUACAAUCCUUAUACCGAACCUAGCAUGGAAGUGUUCAGCUAUCAUGAAGGUUUGAAGAAGUGGGUGGAGGUAGGGAAUUCUGGGGUCUUCAGACCUGAAAUGCUGCUCCCCAUGGGUCUUCCGGAGGGUGUGUCUGUCAUCGCCUGGGGGCUGUCGUUAGAGAGACCUACAAUGAUCAAGUAUGGAAUAAACAACAUCCGGGAGCUCGUGGGGCACAAAGUGAACCUACAGAUGGUCUACGACAGCCCUAUAUGUAGACUGGACGCUUAAUCUAUCCGUACUCAUCUCUCUACGCAGAAUAACUCUUUUUACAAAAGGCUUGUUGACAGUGUUCUCAGUGUAUAUGGAUUCAUUGACACAGUCUUGACUGGCCUUGACGUUGUUACUUUCUAAAUGAUAACACAACACCAUGAACUACAUAUCUUCUGCUCGGGCAUUAGUUAAAAAAUGAACCUGUUGGUUCAGGCUGCCAUCAAAGAUUUAGUGGAUUUGAAUAGAGAGGAGUAUAUUCACUUCUUUGCAUGUGGACUGCGGUGGUCUUGAGUCCUCAACAAAUGAUAUUGUGCACACUAAAUGCCAAAUACAAAAAUCUACUGUCAAAGUUUGGUUAGUGUCCGUCACAUUUCAUGAUUUUAAUUGAUAUGUCAUCUGUUCCACAGCCAAUUUCCCAUCUAAGCCUUGCAUGAACAGCCACAUGGGUUGUUCCCACAGCCAUGAAUACAAUGGAAACUGUUAAAAACCUCCACUGUAGAAAUGCCCAAAUUAAAAAUGUUUCUUGUUAAAAGUU